AUGGGUCGAAAGCUCGAAUCUCUUCCAACCGAAAUACUCCGUGUGGUAGUCAGCCACCUCUUCAUUCAAGACAUGAAACAUCUAGCAUCUGCUAGUAAACGACUGAGGGACGUUUGCCUGCCAUACUUAUUUCACAACGUUGUUUUCUCGUUUUCCGAUUCCGGUCUCGAUGGACUACGGCUGCUUAUGCAAUCCGACGUGCGCCAAUACGUAGUCUCUUUUACAUAUUUGAUCCCGGAACUACUCCGGCCUGAAACGAUGGACUUUGAGUUUUUUAGGUGCAAUAUCCUUCCCCCCGGAAAUUAUGCCAUGUGGUUAAAAACCGACCGGAGCGAGCCAGCUGAAUUAUACGUCCCAUAUGUGCUUGUCUACGAUACAUUCAGUGCCAUAUGCAAAGAGCAACAAAAGAUUGUGGAGAAUCAAGAGGAUGCCAUUGCGCUGUCGGCUGUUUUCAGACUGCUUCCUCGAUUGACAGAACUCGGUUUGCGCUUUUGUCAGACUCUUGUCCAAGAGCACUGGGUGGGGUGUUUUAUGGACCAAACGGUGGAAAGAUAUACUUACGGGCAUCAUCUUUGUAUCAUCUCAAACGCCCUUAAGAUCGGAAGGGACGCCGGGGUUUUCAUACCCACUGUUCACUUAUCCGGUCUUGAACUUCCUUACUAUUGCUCAUUGAACACUCCUAAAGCGCACACUCUAAGCAUUCACCUCUUUGGCUUAUUGAGUUGCGCUCGAAAUUUACGCCUGAGUGGAUCUGGAUCACCGAUGAAAUCACUGUCUCACACUACACUGCAUCUUCAGCAAUUCGACCUCUGCUGCCUUACCGUCCUUCAAGCUACCUUGAACGAAUUUUUACAAAACAACAUGAACUCGAUUGAAUCAUUCGCCUUCCACCAUGUUACGCUGAUUGGUUUGGGUUUUACGGAAGAAGAUUCAGCCCUAAUAUCUCCUGAAAUGUGUCGCAGCAGCCUUCGCAUGGAUUGGUCAAUCAUGUACUGGACAACUUCCCCUUGUCUUGUUUGCGGGCAUGAUGGGUGGAGGGUGUCAAAGUCUUGA